AUGGACGCACCGACGGCGCUCUUCGACAGCUACGAGGCCGACUUCCGGCAGAUUCUGGACGGCGUGCGGGGGGAGCUCGACGGCGCGCGGGAUCGGGGCGCCGAUUCAACACCAACCCCGCAUAUUAUGUAUACGACACUGACGUUCGUACAGAAGACAAGAAAGCCGCGUCGAAACGGAGCCCGACGAAGCCGACCAGAUGCUCUCCCUUUCCAAAUGGAGAUCGAGAUCGAGAUCCAGGGCAUCCCGACCUCCCUCCGGCCCUCGUAUGCCGCGCGCGCGCACUUGGCAAGGGCGAAGCAGGCGCAGGACGCGCAUGGGGAGAACUGUCGAGUGGCGAGGGUAUUGAGUGGCGAGGGUGCGGGGGGACAGUAUGCUACGAGUAACGAGACUGACGGACGGACGAUGCUGUGGAUGUGCUGA